CACUUUCCACGAUUACUAUUUAUUGCCAGCAGACAGGAUCCCCCCAAACAGAUCUUGCUCGGGACCUUUUCAAAAGCUCCCAGCUUCUCCUCCGUCACUUAGACGUUUUCUUACUCCAGAUUCCCGGGAAGGGGGAAAAACGCAGCUGGCAUAAAUAUGACCAACAAAACAUCCUGGAGAGGCGAAGUGGACCUGGUGCCGGGGGACUUGAUUGAGAUCUUCCGGACGGGAUACCAGCACUGGGCCGUCUAUGCGGGUUUGGGUGACGUUAUCCAUCUGGCUCCACCAAGUGAAUGUGCUGGAGCUGGAGCGGCCAGCAUGAAGUCUCUCUGGGCCAAGACAGCAAUGGUGAAGAGAGAACCCGUGUCCAAUGUGGUCGGAAGAGAUCGCUACCGUGUUAGCAACAAGCAUGACUCCACCUAUAAUGUCCGGACCCCAGAUCAGAUUGUCACUAUGGCUAGGAAGCUGGAGGGCAAAAUAGUGAAUUAUGAAAUCACCACCCAGAAUUGUGAGCAUUUUUCCAACAGCCUGCGAUACGAUGUGCCCCGCAGUGAUCAGGUCGGAAAAGCAGUCUGGUUCGCAAUGGCAGCAGCUUUGGCCAUCCUGCUACUCUGAAGAUCUAGCAAGGAGAACGUCUGGAGCAACUCUGACUUGGAUGAUU